UCCUUAGAAAUAAAAUAAAUGAGAAAGAAAUAGGUUUAACAUAGCAUUAUAUUUAAGAUUUGUGCGAACAGAUAAUUUUGGUCAAGCAUUACAAUUAGGAGUAUAUGUAUUGUAUAACGGUUUUUUCUGAGAUAUGAAUAUAUAUAAAGUUAAUAUCUACACAUUUUCAUGUAAUUCACACAGAUUUAUAUAAUUGUAUUAUUUACUCACACAAUAUACAUAUACAUGACUGAUUUCUUAUUCAAAGUCGUAUCUCGAUUUUACGCAAUUUACAUAUUCAGAAAUUGUAUAAAAACGAAACACAAUUAACAAUUAUGAGAAAAAUCAGUCACAUAUGUAAUAACAUGAUAAUUUUCAGAGCAAACAGGAAACAGUUUCAAGGUAAUCCAGGUGAACUUGCGGUUUAUCAUUUGGAUCUCUGCAGCCUCAAAAGUGUAAAAAAAUGUGCUAAAAACUUGGUGAAAAAUGAAUCAGCUAUUCACCUGCUGAUAAAUAACGCUGGUGUGAUGAUGUGCCCGCAAGAAAAGACUGAAGAUGGAUUCGACUUGCAGCUGCAAACAAACCAUCUCGGUCACUUCCUUCUUACACUUUUACUGCUACCAAAAAUACACUCCUCCGAUUUUGGUUGUAGAAUAGUGAAUGUUUCGUCUUGUAUGCACACAUUUGGCGCUAUACAUGAGGAUCUAAAUUUGGAAAAAACAUACACUCCCUUCAAAGGGUAUGCGCAAAGUAAGUUAGCGAACGUAUUGUUCACCAAGGAACUCGCUCGUCGGUUAAAAGGUAUAUGAAAACAUUAUUAGACGCAAAUAUUAUAGAGGACUUGAAUAUUACAUAUUUGAAGACGUACGCUGACAAUAAUUACAAUUAAGUACAGAAACAGAUUAUAAGACUUCUGCUAGCUUUAUCUAACAACUUCCCUAUUAAUUUAUACAGUGUUCCACUUUUUGAACAUUACUCUCUAACGAUUUUUUCUGUUCAGAUUCUUUAGUCUGGUUAAAAACUAUUUCUUUUUACAAGAACGCCAUAUACCAACAGUUUGUAACUUAGCUAAUUUUAAGUGGAAUUUUCUUUAAUAGGGAUUUUUAAUUUAAAAGUUACUUAUAAACAUGUAUAACUAAUGAUUACAACAAAUAAUGAUUUCCAUAUCGAUAUUUUUGCCAAAAGAAAAUAUAUUCCAAUGUUUGGGAAAUUUCC